AUGGGUUUUGAAUUCAAGGAAUUUCUCAUCAAAAUCGGCAUCAUUUAUGCCGUUCUGUUUAACAAUAUUCUUGAGCACCCGUUGGCCCUCAUCUACCCGACCAUUAGUGAUGAGCCAACGCGGGGACUCCGCGAAUUGAGACAAUGCUAUUCCAGUGAUCAGGUAUCCAAACAUGAAGAAGGAUUGGACAAUGCUAUUCCAGUGAUCAGGUAUCCAAACAUGAAGAAGGAUUGGCCGGUGGCCAUCAGAGAGCCGUCACUAUUGAUAUCAACACUUGAGGGCACUCUUCACGCGAUUGGCCAGCGAUCGGGUCUUAUAAAGUGGUCGCUGAAUGAGUCGCCGAUUCUUAAGUUACCGAACAUUGAGAACAUUACUCAACACCAGAGGAAGAAAAGCCUAUUCCUUCCCGACCCUAAAGACGGCUCACUCUAUCUCUACAAUGGCUUCAGUGCGGCCGAUACUGACAGCGAGUCGGAGAGGGAGUCGUUAGAGAAGCUUCCGUUCACAAUCAGCGAAUUGGUGUCGUCGAGUCCUUGUCGUAGUUCCGAUGGCUUACUCUAUACGGGCAAAAAGAUUGACGAAUGGAUAACAAUCAACGCCGUCACCGGCGAGAGAGUGGAUGUCCUGAACGCAGACACACCGAUGUGUCCGUCACCGCCGAUGACGACCACAGCGUACGGCACGCAGACAUCGAAUCUGCUAUUCAUUGGCAAAAGUGAAUAUCAAUUAUCCAUUUUUGACUUAAAAAGCAAACAAAAGACAUGGAAUCUAACGUUUGUCGACUACUCCUCGUCGGCCGUGUCGUCGAUACCGCAAAACGCGUACGAAUUUCUUCACUUGACAUCGAGUACUACCGGAAGAAUAGCGACAAUCGAUUUGUCGAACGACGCGAACCGCUUCUUAUGGACGCAUCAGUUCUCGUCGCCAAUCGUAUCCAUAUUUCAGUUCAAUGACGGCAUAACACCAGUGCUCCGUCGGGUGCCCUUCUCCACGAUCGGCGGCACUGUUAUACCCAGAAAUCUGCGUCAAAGCAAUCCAUUGUAUCCGUCGCUAUAUAUCGGCGAAAUGCCGGACUCCAAGUCGAUGUACGCGUUGAGCACUUUAGUCGACUUAUCGCAGACAACACUCAUUCCGACCAAACGGAACCGAAAGCUGUUGAUCGAAGGCCCGGACAAACACAAGUCCAUUAACUCGAUUAAAGACUAUUUCAAUAUUUUAGUGUUCGGUUACUACGAAUACCCCGAAGUGACCAAAAGCCAAAUCUACCCCCAGUUUCAAAUCAGUCAAUCGCCUCAUAACCUGUUGACUGCACACAAAGCUAAACACGUGACGGAACCGUUAAUCAUAGGCAACACGUCGUUCAACACCCGUGACGUCGACGUGAUCUACAAUUACGAGGAACUGUUGCGCACAGCCAUUACAUUCCUAUUGGGCGUCACGACAAUUGCGCUCAGCGUUUACAUCGUCUCCAGAAAUUCAAAGACAGAUAAAAACCAAAAACAGAACCAAAACUCUGACCCGAAUUGGGUUUCGGUCGGAAAGAUCAGGUUUGAGCCGAAGUCGAUCAUAGGUCGGGGCUGUUCGGGAACCUGUGUUUACAAGGGUUUGUUCGAAGGCAAACAGAAGAUCGCUGUGAAGCGAGUAGUGGCCGACCAUUUCGUUUUGGCCGAUCGUGAGAUCGAAUUGCUUCGUUCGCUACAACACCCGAAUCUGAUCCGCUAUUUUGCCACCGAAUCGGACGAUAUGUUUCGCUAUAUAGCCAUAGAAUUGGCCGACUUUACGCUCGCCGACUAUCUUGAGAGGGAAGGCGGCGAAGCACUCGUCGAUCCCAUACAAGUGCUCCAUCAGUCGGCUCUCGGUUUAGCACAUCUGCACUCAUUGAAUGUCAUUCAUCGUGAUAUUAAACCGCAAAAUAUCUUAAUAUCAUUGCCAUUACCGCCGAAUAAUACCAGAAAAGUGAUGAUUUCUGACUUCGGUGUCUCCAAAGUAUUAACUUCUGAACACAUGUCGACCGAAGUGUCGGCCGCACUGAAGGGCACAGAGGGUUGGAUCGCAGCCGAAGUAUUAAAGUCCAAAGUGGAAAGAGCGACAUUCAAGCCCUCAAAGCCUAUCGACAUCUUUUCAAUGGGAUGUCUAUUCUAUUACACGUUAACCAAAGGCGAGCACCCGUUCGGAGACCUAUUGCAGAGACAGUCCAAUAUACUGAUGGGUCGGUUCGAUAUCGAUAAACUCAAGACCGAAGAGACGUUCGCCGAAUACAGUCUAAUAUACACAAUGAUUAACUCGGAUCCGAGCGCUCGACCGAACAUCGAGGCGGUGGCCAAACAUCCGCUGUUUUGGGACCCAAACAAGUCGUUACAGUUCCUGCAGGACGUGUCCGAUCGCAUUGAGAAGGAAGCGGUCGACUCGGAUGUGGUGCUCAAUCUGGAGCGCGGAGGGAUCGACGUAUGCAAAGGCGAUUGGAGGCGACACAUAUCCAUUGAACUGCAGGCCGACCUCAAAAAGUUCCGCUCCUAUAGGGGUUCAUCCGUUCGCGACUUAUUGCGUGCGAUGCGUAACAAACGACACCAUUAUAGGGAACUGACGCCCGAAGUACAGCAAUCUCUCGGCGCGAUUCCCAAACAGUUCGUCGAGUAUUGGGACUCAAGAUAUCCCCGCCUUUUGAUCCACUCAUACAUUGCGCUACAAAUGUGUCGAAACGAAGACAUUUUCGACGCCUAUUAUCGGACGGAUUCUGUUUAUUACGAAUCGCUUCCCAGAAGUGGAAUCAAAUGGUUUACCAAAAAUAGCGAAAACCUUAUGCCUAACGGUUUGACGAGUGAUGACUCUCUCGAAGCCAUCAAUUGGAAGAGCUGUAAGAGGAAGGGCUCACCCGUUAAGAGAAGGCCAAUCACUCCCAAACCCGAUGACCAAAACAGUGCCGACAUUUUUGUACAGAAUUAUGACAAAUGAAUUAUCACUUUAUCAUUAUUAUUAUAGUAUACUAUUACUGCUAUUAAUUAUAAUUUAUAUAUUCUUAUAUAUUUUAAUGGUAUGGUUUCGCACGAAAUAAAAAGUUUAUUAAUUUAAUAAUAUAUGAGAAA